AUGGCUUCGUAGCCUCUCCCAUUGUUGUUUUAGGAAAAUAUGUAGGUUCUAAUACGGUAUGUCGCAUACCCAUAGCCAAAACGCCAGCCUUGCUACGAAUUCUCCCCUAAUGUAUUUGGUUGUAUUUCUACAAGUUUGUUUUUAUUCCUUUGCCCGCCCUGUAUCCAUGCGAGAAGCUCGUAAUUAUCGAAGGGACGUCGGUUUGCAGCCUGGUAUGAGUCAUGGGUAUUGUUUUAUCGUUUUAGUUGGUGUUACUGUCCUGUCCGACUUUACUCUGCCAAAGCCUCGGGUGUAUUCGAUAGACUAUCGGCUCUAGCUGUUACGCGAUUCUAGCUUGGUAUUGUUUGAUGCCCAUCGAAUUCGUAGCAAGUACUCGAGAAACACGGCAAGGAGGUAUUUGCUCGACGCCAUCGAAUUUACUUUACUGUCGAGACGAUGGGGCGGGAGUUUGGCUUCGAAUUGGAACGUACGCGUCCGUCCGUGGGAGAGCACCGGGAGCGCGCUGUGGUAUUAGCUAUUACCCUAGAUCGCAAAAAACAUCAAUAGACUCUAGGCUACCCAAGUAAGCAUUAAGUUUGCAUCUGUGACCUUCGAGCGCCGUGUAUCUGAGGUAUAGAAUCUAACAAUCCCAGGUAGAAUUUGCCGACGAAGU